CAAAACAAAAUCUUGUCGCUGUUUGAAGGACAAACAAGAUCAAAGGUGAGCUCCUUGAACAUUUGAUAACGUAGAGCUAUACUUUGACAGAGCGAGCCACCAUUAUUUUUGGGAAAAGCAGGUAGGUCUUUGGUGUCAGCAGCAGCUAUGGAAUUUGUGCAUGCCAAUGGUCCUUUCCACAACAAGACCAAGGUUAUUUUUGUAUUGGGCUCGACCGGGUGUGGAAAAACAAAACUCUCCAUCGACUUAGCCACUCGUUACAACGGUGAAAUAAUCAACUCCGACAAAAUCCAAGUCUACAAAGGCCUUGACAUUGUGACCAACAAAGCUACAAAGCCCGAGCAAAGAGGCAUCCUCCAUCACCUGCUAGGGUCCAUCCAAGACCCGGAAGCUGAUUUCACGGUGCAGGACUUUUGUCUUCAAGUGCCCAAAGCCCUCGAUGAGAUCACGAAGCGCAACCGCGUCCCGAUCAUUGCUGGUGGAUCCAACACUUACAUCGAGGCGCUUGUCGAAGAUCCGACGCUCAGGUUCCAAGAUAAAUAUGAUUGCUGCUUCAUAUGGCUUGAUGUGUCUUUGCCUGUGCUCUAUAAUCGUGUCUCUGAAAGAGUGGAUGAAAUGGUGGAUGCUGGGCUUGUGGAUGAGCUCCGGGAAAUGUUUGUUCCCGGGGCAGAUUAUGAGCGCGGCAUUCGUCGGGCUAUUGGAGCUCCUGAGAUGCAUGCAUAUUUCAUGGCUGAAAUGGAUCAUUCAGCAGAUGAGGCCGGAAAGGAGUUUCUGUUCAAAGAUGGGAUUCAAAAAACUAAGGACAAUACUUUGAAACUUGCUGAGAGCCAGGUGCAGAAAAUUGAACGUCUCGGGACCAAAUGGGAUAUCCAUCGGAUUGAUGUGACUGCCGUGCAUGAGAGCCGUGGAAAGAAAGCUGUGGUUGCAUGGGAAAACUUGGUUUUAAAGCCAAGCUUCUCCAUUGUGAGUGAAUUUUUGGAAAUGGAUGGCUAAAUUGUUGGAGCAGAAAAUUAGGGUUUCCGAUUCUCUGGCUUGCAUUCAAGGACCUGCUCGUACCGAAUUACUACAUAGAAAAUAUAUUUUUUUAUGUGUAAUUUUUUUUUAAUCAUUUUGAGGAACGUAUUGGUUAAGCCAGUACUUCAUAUAUGGUAAUAUUAAUUUCGGCUUUAGCAAUGUUUUUUCUUCUUUUGUUUUGUUUUGUUUGUUUUAAUUAAUACAAGCUAUCUUUUAUUUUAAUUUAAUCAAAACUAUGAGUAUUGGGAUUCGAACUUGGGUGGAGAUUGAGAGCACAUCCACUCUAUAUUUUUAAGUAGCAGCUCAGUCCAUAUUUUAG